CACCACCAGCCCUCGCAGCUUCCAGAAGCUCAUAUAUAUUCCCCUCCUCCAGUCUCGCCGAACCCCAACCAAACCCAUCCACGCUUCAUUGCCGUUGAGGGAUUUCCGCAAACACCUCGCCCGCGCCCACCCCACCUCACCGCCCUCCGCAAUGGCGAAACCCGAAGCCGGCCUGCGCAAGAAGGCGGUGGCCGUGCUGAGUCUCGAGAAGAAGCGCAGCUACGAGGAGGCGCUGGCGCGAGUCGACGAGCUUGCGGCCAGGCACGCGGGGUCGGCGCUCGUGCUCCACCUCGCCGGUCGCACCCACCACGCCGCCGUCAGCCGCGGGCGACAAGGUGGCCACAGUGCACCACGCCGCCACCGCGAAGAGUUACCUCGCCGAGGCCAAGCGGCUCGUCCCCAACUGCGUCGGCAUCUCCGCUCUCCUGGCCAGGGUGCUGUUUGAGCGCGGGGAGUUGGACGAGGCGGAUGCAGAGGCCAGCCGAGCCAUCGGUAUCCCCAACCCUGCCGACCCGGCGGAGAACAACGUCGUGUACACUGUGGACGCCCGCGCGAAGAACCAGAGGGUGGAGAGAUGCAGGGAAUCGGCUCGCGACGUGGUCCGAUCCAUUGAUGCAGCGCGCAUCACCGACAUCGUCCGCAAGGUGCUCAAGCACGACACCGACCAGCCCGAGAGGAUGAAACUGGCGAGCCAGAAAGCGAAGGAUCUCGCCACCAGUCGCCCCAACUCGUGCCGCGCGCAGUUGUUCUGCGCACACGUGAAGCUCCAGUUUGCGCUCGGCCAUGUCAAGGCCACUGGCAGGAGGUCCAUCCUGGUUCGCAUUCGCGACGACAUGAACGAAGCGGCAAAGCGCUUCGAUGGCUCUCUGGUGCUCGCCAUGUUCCACGCAAAGCUCUGUUUCGUCCUGGGUUUCUAUGAGGCUGCGCACCUUGAGUGUCUCCGGGCAUUUGGCUUGAAGCAGCCUGUUGACCCCAAGUUGGAGGACGUCCCUCCUGGGUCAGUCAAUGGAGGGGUGUAUGAUGAUAGGUUAUCUUCUAUCUACCAAGACCUCUCGCGCUUAAAGCACAGGCUCUUGUUGGUGGCCAAGGCUCACUGGUGCUUAAUGACAAGUGAGAAGCAGGAUGGCUUCCUAUCAGUGGGACUCGAUGAGCUGCAUAAGUACUAUGAUGAAGUUUACGAAGAUGGCCACUGGGCUACAAGGACCAUAUCUGAUGUAUUGACAUCUGUGAAGAAAACCGGGUCAUGGAGGUUCUGGAUUUCUCCCUAUUGUAUUGGCAAGAGUUUCCGGAUGCAACAUUCCCUCUUGGAACACAUGUACAGCAAGCACCCGGCAGAGAAAGUCCUGCGGUCAGUCUUAGAUCCAAAACUGAGUGAUGAUACUGAUACAUCCAUGGAUGAUAAUUCUUUGGAUGAGAUAUCUGUCUGCAAAGAUUCAGAGGACCAUUACUUGUUCCAAUUCAACAAGACGGACAAUAUAUUUGAGCGUUUAUUUUGUUCAACACCUAGCAGAACUGAUGCAAAGUCAUUUGCUGAAAUACAAGAGGACAAAUGCAAAGAAGGAAAGGAGAUCCUACAGAAAUUGAAGCAGAUAUUGAAGAAUUUACCGACAAACAAACUGAGCGCUGAGUAUGAUAAGGCCCGUCCAGAAAUCCAAUGCUUAUUGCGUGAUUUCUUCACGACUUCUGCACUGGAUUAUCGCAUAGUCGUCUUGACCCUUGUGAAAUCAUUCCUAUUGACUAAAUUGAUGAAAUCCUCGAGUGGCGGUGAUGCCACCAGUAAGAGUAUUGACAAUGAUGAUAUUAAUUCGAUAUUUCCUGAGGUUGCUGUUGUCCGUGAGGUUCCUAUUGAAGAUAAGAGUUCUGGCGCGAUGGGAAAUAAAAACAAUUCAGAUUCAUAUAUCAACAUGUCAGAAAAUCGAAAUAAAAUAGCUCAGAAGCCGGGAACAUUUGAGAUGGAUAUAUGUUGUAUCAUCGCAAGUGGUGCAACAGGCCAAAAAUAUCAGCCCAGCAUAGCAAAGGAAAAUAGUGCCUCGAUCUUAGGUACUGCCUUGUGAUUCGAACGGUCAAAGCAAAUUGGUGAUCUGUAGAACGAGCAUAAAUAGGAUUUUAAGUAUAUUUUCGUAAGUUAUAUAAAUGCAUUGCUCAUAGAUCGAGCCCCCUUUCUGAGUUUGUAACAGUUUGUGAUAGUAGCUCAAUGUAGUUCAUAUUCCAUCAAUAUUUGUGGAUACUGCAACGAGUCAUUGAAAUCAUGUGAAAAUGACUUUCUUAUGCACACGUUCUGUUUCUGUCAUAACGGAUGAUAUAUGACAUUGAGUACUCGGUUAUCCAUA